AUGGAGUCGAGUGCCCAGAUCAAACGGGAGCCGCCCGAGAUCCACAGAGCUGGGAUGGUUCCCAGCCGCAGCUGCCCCUCCAUAACCCACGGCCCCGGGCUGAGCAGCAUCCCCAGGACCCGGAGAAGGGCUGUUCACAUCUCCAUUAUGGAAAGCCUCGAGUCCCUCCGGGACAGCGCCCAUUCCACCCCCGUGUGUUCCUCCUCCCACGGGGACGCCUUCCUGCCUCACGUGAGAAGCAGCCGGGCAGACAGCAACGAGCGAGUCGCCGUGGGGGAGGCAAUAGCAAAAUGCCGGAUAAAUAUAAAGGUGGCAUGGAAAGGCCUCUUCUUACAAAGAGAAGAAAACUCAUCAUGGAAGCCACUGCUCACCUGGAAACCAUUUCCCAGAAGCAGGGAGACAGCUACAGGAAGUGGCAGGAGCCAAUGGAGAAGCUUUAUGAUAAAUAUGAAGAGCCAUUAG